GAUAAGAAUAAUUAGACUAGAGCCAAAAUGAUGUCGGUGGAUGAAAUUCGAAAGGAUCAACGUGCUCAAGGCACAGCCACAAUCCUGGCAAUUGGAACAGCAAAUCCUCCACAUUUUAUUGAACAAAGUAAAUUUCCUGAUACUUAUUUUCGCAUGACCCAUGACGACCACAUGAUCGAACUCAAAAAGAAAAUGCAACGCAUGUGUGAUAAAACCAUGAUAAGAAAACGACACAUGUACGUCAACGAAGAGUUUGUAGAAGAGAACCCGAUUAUACGUGAACAUAAUGCGCCUUCAUUGGAUAUUAGACAAGAUAUAUCAGCUGUACUAAUAUCAGAGUUAGGCAAGGAAGCUGCUGAGAAGGCGAUCAAGGAAUGGGGCCAACCAAAGUCAAAAAUCACUCACUUAAUUUGUUGUACCACUAUGGCUGCAUUCUUGCCCGGGAUUGACUACCGAAUUCUCAAGCUAUUAGAUCUUGACCUAUCUGUUAAGCGAAUGAUGUUGUAUCAACAAGGUUGUAAUGGGGGUGGCACUGUACUACGAAUGGCCAAAGACAUAGUUGAGAACAAUAAAGGUGCCCGUGUCUUGAUUGUGGUUUCUGAGGUAACCUUGAUUGGCUUGCGUGGCUUUAGUGAGACUGAUAUGGAUGUUCUUGUGAGCCAUUCCUUAUUUGGUGAUGGGGCAGCUGCUCUUGUCGUUGGUGCAGAUCCAAUGCCAGGUGUUGAGAAGCCCAUCUUUGAACUAAUCUCUACAUCCCCAACAAUAGUGUCCGAUAGCGCUGGGGCAAUUACUGGGAGUAUUCGUGAGAGUGGACUAAUAAUUCAUAUUGGGAAAGAAGUUCCAGGCCUUAUUGCAAGCCACAUUGAGAAGAAACUGAUUGAGUUAUUCCAACCUCUGGGUAUCUCUGAUUGGAACUCAAUCUUUUGGGCUAUACAUCCUGGUGGGCCUGCAAUAUUGGAUAAAAUUGAGGCCACGCUAGGACUUAAGCCUGAAAAACUACUUGCAACAAGACAUGUGCUUGCAGAGUAUGGUAAUAUGUCAAGCGUGACUGUACUGUUUGCUUUGGAUGAGAUGAGGAAGAGGUCAAUUGAAAAUGGGCUUAAGACCACAGGAGAUGGGUCGGAAUGGGGAGUGCUAUUUGGAUUUGGUCCUGGGCUUACUAUUGAAAGUUUGGUUCUCCACAGUUGCGAUACAAAUGCCCCAACAACCUUGAAUGGCGUUAAAGACUAAGCCUUGGAUGGCCUACAAAGUUUUUUGAGUUUCCUACGUUUCUAUGUUUUCAAUCGUUGGUCCUACUGAUCUUAGAGUUUAUAUUAAUCAUUGUAUGUGCAAGAGUGAGCGAAA